UAUAACACAUACAAGUUGUCCUUUCCAUAUUUCAUACACUGCAUACGUCUUACGAUUUUGAAAGCUUGUAUCAUAGGGAUCGUGGUCCUCGUGAUCUACGCCAGUUCUACCGCGGCACUAUACUGUCUCUCAUGUGCCGACAGUAUAUCCCCUAGACAUUGUCACACUGUCAGAAAAUGCAACGACGGGUAGGUAAGUAUAAUGUACAAAUAAUUAAACACCUCUGACAUUGUGUUGAUCUUAAUAACCCUAAACUUUUUCAACUCUUUUGGCCUUUAAAAACUUAACGUAUCAUGGCUUAAGAAUAUUGACAGAAUUCAUUUCAAUCGUAGGAAAGUCGUAUAGCUACACGUCUUCUAAAAACAGAAAAGAUUUACUAAUUCAAAGACAUUUCACACAAAUGCAAGCCCGAUUUUUUUGGUUUUGUGAACUAGCUGUUUGAGGUUGUAAUGAAAAUUGUUCACAAAACAUGACGAGGUUAAAAAGUUUUUUCUUAUGAAUUCCUGCAAAUGUACUAUUUGAAUGCGUACUUAUGAAAAUGUUAGAUGUAUAAGCCAGAAUUGAAAUCUCUUCUAUCUCAAUUUCAAAUCAUAGGUCUGUUACACCGAAAGUCAUUUAACAGAAAACGGAGUCCUCGUGUUUGAUACCGGAUGUACACAUGUUCAGAUAUGUCAGUCAAAAUACCGACACCUGGCUGCAUUCAGAAAUCUCCACGGAGUGGAUCCAAGCCUUCACAGUUUGUGCAUAGAGUGCUGUUCUACAGACUCCUGUAACAGUCAUGGCUGUGGACGACCAGGAUAUCCUGUUACAAGAGGACCAAUCUGCUUCAACUGCUUGGAAGUAUCGGAUCCGAUAUUGUGUGACAAGAUUAAGGCGUGCCAGGUGAAUCAGGUUUGCUACAUACGGAAAGAGGUAGAAUUCGGUGACACCUACUUCGUGUCUAGUUGCAGUGAUAAGAGAGUUUGCUCAUCAUAUCUAAACAUAUUUGGGAAGAGGUCGUUGGGCAGUUGUUCUCGGUGCUGCCAUGGUGAUUUAUGUAACGACCAUUGCAGCGAUGCGACAUCUCCCUCCUCUUCAACCGUGACAACGACAACAGCGACGACAUCGACAACGACAACAGCGACGACAUCGACGACGACCACAACGUCACCGACAACUACCCAGGUACCAGAGUCAACAGGCAGUAGAGGCAGAGAAUUCCUUGUCCUGUUCAUGAAAAAUCACCAGGAUGCUUUACGAUCCUUAACAAUUUACAUAACAACGGACAAUACAACCGAAGUCAAUAUCUCCAGCUCUCCUAAUCUAAAUCCGGGCAUUAAAUCGGCAGUUGACAACAACGUAUAUAUUACAUCCAAUUCAAAAUUUACACUUCCAUUUCAUCUUGCGUGUGAAUACCUAAAAGUAGAACCAAAGGCAGUCAUAAUACGGACUUCAGAACUAUCGACAGUCACUAUUUUUGAUAGCUUUUACGAAUACUCUAACGACGGAACAUUGGUUAUUCCAACAUACAAGCUGUCUAAUCAGUAUCUUAUUUCUACAACAGAACCUUAUACAACAUCUCCUUACUAUUAUAGUCUGUUUGGUAUUGGAACCCUCUCUGACAGAACAGACAUAAAGAUAAAAUUCAAAAUGGUGAAUACUUCUAGAAUCACGUUACUUGGUAGAACAUAUAAUAAUGGCGAUGUUUUCUCCAUAACGUUGGACAGAUUUGAAACUUUCCAGGUGAACCAUACUACAGAUCUUAGUGGGACGUUUAUAACAUCUACAGAACCCAUAGCAGUGUUCUCCGGAACCCGAUGUAAUAAUCUAAUAAGCAUUUCCUGCAGUCACAUGGUAACUCAGCUACCCCCAACGACAGAACUAGAUUAUCAGUUCAUUGUGCCCCCGUUUUUCCAUAAUUCAAAAACUUUAAUUCAGGUGGUAACCCCAACUCACAACACAGUCAACAUCACUAUUGGGGGCAGGGUAUCAUCGUGGAUUUUGAAUGAGAGAGAAUACAAGAAUAUGGAAUCAAACGAAACAGCAGUUAUAGUAUCACGCCAGCCUGUUUUAGUUACUGGCUUUGGAAUGGGUUCUUCAUCUUCUCUUUACAUCAAUCCCUACAUGACGGUCAUUCACGGCGUGCAUCAGUAUCUCGAUUUCUACAAGAUCACAGUACCAUCUGGAUAUACAGAAAACUUCCUAUGCAUAAUAAUUCCAGCUGUCUCCAUAGACAAUCUUCAGAUAAAUGGGCUCUCUAGAGAUCAUUAUAACACUGUUUAUCAGAGUUCUGUGUAUUUAGAUAAAGCAUACGACGUCCAUGUCCUUCAAGUUAGAAAUACUGGUGAAACGUUUGUUUUAUCAACAACAGAUAAAUCAAAAUUCGGACUGAUCGUUUAUGGUCACCGUACGUUUGAUGGAUAUGGAUUCUCUGGAAACUUUGUCCUACCCUAAAAUCAUAAGAACUUAUGUAUAUCUUAUCUACAAUCUAAGUUAUGUACUUUAUUAUGUAACAUCUCCCGGGUGUGAAGAAUUGGAUAAUAAACAUGGGUUUUGAAAA